AUUGAAACCCACUAAGUACCUCUUAGAGCAAGCAUGGCAGCCAAGGUAUUUUCCCUCCUUGCACUCCUUGCUCUCUUAGUGAGCGCUACCACCGCGGUCAUUAUUCCGCAGUGCUCACUAGCCGCCUCCGCUGCCACUAUUCCACAGUACCUCUCACCUAUCGCAGCUGUCGGAUAUGAGCACCCGAUUGUGCAGUCCUACAGGCUACAACAGGCACUUGCAGCCAGCAUCCUACCAUCAUCGGCAAUGUUCUUACAGCAACAGUCAGCCUUACUGCAGCAGCAAUCUUUGGCCCAGCUGACAGUACAGAGCAUCGCGGCACAGCAACAACGCGUUCUAUCAUCGUUCAGUCAGGUAGCCCUGGCGAACCCCGCCGCCUACUUGCAACAACAGAUCAACCAGCUAGCCAUGGUGAACCCCGCUGCCUACUUGCAGCAGCAACUGCUUCCAUUCAACCAACUAGCUGUUGCGAACUCCGCCGCCUUCUCGCAGCAGCAGCAGCAGCAGCUGGUGCCAUUCAACCCACUUGCCGUGGCUCACCCCGCUGCCUUCUUGCAGCAGCAACAGCUACAACAACGCGUUCUAUCACCGUUCAGUCAGGUAGCCCUGGCGAACCCCGCCGCCUACUUGCAACAACAGAUCAACCAGCUAGCCAUGGUGAACCCCGCUGCCUACUUGCAGCAGCAACUGCUUCCAUUCAACCAACUAGCUGUUGCGAACUCCGCCGCCUUCUCGCAGCAGCAGCAGCUGGUGCCAUUCAACCCACUUGCCGUGGCUCACCCCGCUGCCUUCUGGCAGCAGCAACAGCUAGUCAACCAACUGGCUUUGACGAGUCCUGCCGCCUACUGGCAGCAACCCAUCGUUGGUGCUACCCUCUUCUAA